AAGAACUAUUUCCUUUCAGUUUUAACCAUAUCACUGUGUCUCCAAACAGUCUACACACAGUCAGGAGAGCAGCUUUCUGUUUAGAUGGUACCUUCAUCUUCGGGAAAGGCAUGCUUGAUAAGCUAGUUCAGUGUUAAGAUGUUUUACCUGGAAGAUGGUAGUGAAGAUGAGGAGAAGGUUCCUGAAGGCUCAUUAAGUAAAACUCAAGAUGUUUACCAUGACAAGGCCUCUCCUGGUAUCCUGUCUCAAACCAUGAAUUAUGUGGGACAGCUGGCGGGGCAGGUGAUUGUCACUGUGAAGGAGCUCUACAAGGGCAUUAACCAGGCCACCCUCUCUGGGUGUAUUGAUGUCAUCGUGGUGCAGCAGCAGGAUGGCACCUAUCAGUGUUCACCUUUCCACGUUCGGUUUGGGAAGCUGGGAGUCCUGAGAUCCAAAGAGAAAGUGAUUGAUAUAGAAAUCAAUGGCAAUGCAGUGGAUCUUCACAUGAAGUUGGGUGACAAUGGAGAAGCUUUCUUUGUGGAGGAGACUGAAGAGGAAUAUGAAAAGCUUCCUGCUUACCUCGCCACCUCACCAAUUCCAACCGAAGAUCAAUUCUUUAAAGAUAUUGACACCGCUUUGAUGAAAUCAGGUGGAGAUGAAAAACCAUCUCAGAGUUCAGACAUCUCACACAUCUUGGAAACAGAGACAGUUUUCACCCCAAGUUCUGUGAAAAAGAAAAAACGAAGGAGAAAGAAAUGCAAACAAGAUAGUAAGAAGGAAGAGCAGGCUGCUUCUCCUGCAGCAGAAGACACAUGUGACGUGGGCGUGAGCUCUGAUGACGACAAGGGCUCCCAGUCAGCAAGAGGAUCUUCAAAUGCUUCCUUAAAGGAAGACGAAUACAAGGAGCCUUUGCUCUUUCAUGCUGGAGAUCACUACCCCUUAUCUGAUGGAGAUUGGUCCCCUUUAGAGAACACCUAUUCCCAGACAGCAUGUCCUAAGAGUGAUUCAGAGCUGGAGGUGAAACCCACUGAGAGCCUGCUCAGAUCAGAGUCCCACAUGGAGUGGACAUGGGGAGGAUUUCCAGAAUCUACCAAGGUCAGCAAAAGAGAAAGAACUGACUAUCAUCCCAGGACGGCUACAAUUACACCAUCAGAAAAUACCCAUUUUCGGGUAAUUCCCAGUGAGGACAGCCUCAUAAGUGAAGUUGAGAAGGAUGCUUCCAUCGAAGACACUGUCUGUCCUAUAGUGAAACCUAAGCCCAGAGCCCUGUGUAAGCAGUUGAGCGACACCCCUCCCACUGCAGAGCUCCUCCAGCCUCUGGAGAGUCCCCAGAUUCUAUCUAUGUUAGAUGUGGACCACCUUCCCAGCCCAUCCUCAGCAGAGGCUGCCUCGGAAUCCAAACCAGCAGCUAAAGUAGACUCCCCGUCAAAGAAGAAAGGUAUCCACAAGAGAAGCCAGCACCAGGGACCUGAUGAUAUUUACCUUGAUGAUCUAAAGGCUCUAGAACCUGAAGUUGCAGCUCUCUAUUUCCCUAAAAGUGAAUCAGAUCCUGGCUCCAGGCAGUGGCCCGAGUCUGACACACUCUCUGGCUCCCAGUCGCCACAGUCUGUGGGAAGUGCAGCUGCUGAUAGUGGCACUGAGUGCCUCUCGGAUUCUGCCAUGGACUUGCCAGAUGUCACCCUCUCCCUGUGCGGGGGCCUCAGUGAGAAUGGAGAAAUUUCUAAAGAAAAAUUCAUGGAACAUAUCAUUACUUAUCAUGAAUUUGCAGAAAACCCUGGACUCAUAGACAAUCCUAACCUUGUAAUACGGAUAUAUAAUCGUUACUAUAACUGGGCAUUGGCUGCUCCCAUGAUCCUCAGCUUACAGGUGUUUCAGAAGAGUCUGCCCAAGGCCACAGUUGAGUCCUGGGUCAAAGACAAGAUGCCAAAGAAAUCUGGUCGCUGGUGGUUUUGGCGUAAGAGAGAAAGCAUGACCAAACAGCUGCCAGAAGCCAAGGAGGGGAAAUCUGAGGUGCCGCCAAUCCGUGACCUCCCGUCAAGUGCAAAGGAGCCAGCAAGUGCCAGGCCGGCCGAGGAUGACUCCUCAAGUGAUGAGGGGUCUCAAGAGCUUGAAGAAUCAAUCAAAGUGGACCCUAUCCCCAUGGAGCCCCUGAGCCACGGCAGCACAACUUCAUAUAAGAAGUCCCUCCGACUCUCCUCAGACCAGAUUGCAAAACUGAAGCUUCAUGAUGGCCCAAACGAUAUUGUGUUUAGUAUCACAACCCAGUAUCAAGGGACCUGCCGCUGUGCAGGGACCAUUUACCUGUGGAACUGGAAUGACAAGAUCAUCAUUUCUGAUAUCGAUGGAACAAUAACCAAGUCCGAUGCUUUGGGACAGAUUCUCCCACAGCUGGGUAAAGACUGGACUCAUCAGGGCAUAGCAAAGCUCUACCAUUCUAUCAAUGAGAAUGGCUACAAGUUUCUGUACUGUUCAGCCCGUGCCAUCGGCAUGGCCGACAUGACCCGUGGCUACCUCCACUGGGUCAAUGACAAGGGCACAAUCUUGCCCCGUGGCCCUCUGAUGCUGUCCCCCAGCAGCUUGUUCUCCGCCUUCCACAGGGAAGUGAUAGAAAAGAAACCAGAGAAGUUCAAAAUUGAGUGUCUGAAUGAUAUUAAGAAUCUGUUUGCUCCAUCCAAGCAGCCCUUCUAUGCUGCCUUUGGAAACCGUCCAAAUGAUGUCUAUGCUUACACGCAAGUUGGAGUUCCAGACUGUAGAAUAUUCACCGUGAACCCCAAGGGUGAAUUAAUACAAGAAAGGACCAAAGGAAACAAGUCAUCGUACCACCGGCUGAGUGAGCUUGUAGAGCACGUGUUCCCACUUCUCAGCAAGGAACAGAAUUCCGCCUUUCCCUGCCCGGAGUUCAGCUCCUUCUGCUACUGGCGAGACCCAAUCCCUGAGGUGGACCUGGAUGACUUGGCCUGAGAUGGCACCUCCACUGGGCAGGUAGGGCUCUGUCACUCGUCCCUCAGCAAGGGAAGGUGAUCAGCCCUUCUGCCAGCCUCAGACACCAGCUUUCCCGAGCAGGGCUGGGGGCUCCUGGAGCUGGCACUGCUGUCCUUUGCCUUCCCAAGCCGGCUGCUCCGACCCUGCAGGUCUGCAGCUCAGCGCCGGGAGGGACCAGGAAAGAGCUCAGCCCAGGGCUGGAGGCUGUGCUUCCUCCCUCGCAGGCUGCACGCAUACUUCUCUGAGUUGUGUGCAGGGUGCUCCUUCCAUCACAUAAUUUAAAAGGAAGAAAAAAAGCUAAAAAAGAGUGGACCAAAACAUUACACAAAGUAAACUGUUACAAUUUCUAUGGGGCAUUUGGGCUGGUUUCUCUCUGUAAUCAGGGCUUUCUUCAGAGGGUCGAGCCCUCUGAACUGCCACAGGUCCAGUUAGUGAUGUUGGCUAAGACUGUGCACAUUUCUCCUUUGGGCACCCCACUUCCUGCUAUACUGGACAAGACUGCUGCUUGGGUGGACCAACUUGGGCAGUACCCCCGGGCCCCUGCACCAGAGCCACUGGGCCCAGCCCCACAGACGUGGGCUUCUGGAGGAGAAAAAUCCCCCUAGAUCAGUGGUUCUCAACCUGUGGGUCGUGACCCCCAGGAACUGUAUUAAAGGGCCGUAGCAUUAGGAAGGUUGAGAACCACUGCCCUAGACAGUCUUCUCAUGAGUCUUCCCCUGAGUGAGAGACCUUUAUGUUAUUUUUUACAUCUAACCAGAAGAACAGAUUUUGCAGACCUGUAUUUGUUGUCUGCAAUUAAAGCAUCAGUAGUGGGAAGUUGGGUUUUUAAAACAAAAACUGUAUUUUCAAGGAGGCCCUGGAAACGCAGAUACAGUUGUGCUGGUCCUGGGAAGAGUGCUGUUUCCUUCUGCCAGUCGCCUGGCCUAGAUGGGCCUUUGGGUGUCUUGCUUUGAGACAGGAUCUCUAAAAUUCUGUGGUCCAUAUUUGUCAGGGAAGCACAGUGAAGUUUGCAUGAAAGCAUUAGGCUUUGACAUUUGGAAUCACCACCCUAUAAUAAAGCCCCAUGGAAGCUGUGCAAGAGGGGUCUUGGAGAGUCUCGGGAGCCCACCAUCCCUCAGCAGUGUCCCCCCAGCCAGGUUUCCUGUGGUUGAUGGUGUCAAGGCCGUCCUGUGAGAUCCAUGAGGGUGUGGGAUGCCCACGUGUUCUCACUAAAAAUGUGCACAGUGGCUCCAUUUAUUAGCUCAUUUAUUUACUUAUUGUAAUGAGCUCAUAUCGUAUGUCCAAACAGAUGGCACCAGGAUUGGAGGUGCUCAUAUCAAAUGUCCAAAAAGACGGCACCAAGUGGAGGAUUGUGUGCUGUCCACCCUUCAGAGCGUUAGCAGCUACUGCAAUAUUGACAUCAAGAGAACUGCAAAAGAGGAGACUUUUUAGGGACCAGAAAUGGCACCAGGUCAUAGUCACUAUGGUGAGAGCACAGGAGGUCAAGGCUUUCGGAGCAGAGAGGCGCUGUACAUACAGACUGAUGCCGUUAGGAAGGUUUCACGUCUAUUCCAUGUACCCCUGCAGUCUUAAUGGGGCUGGUGGUCUUGUUUUAGGUCUUGACCUAUAAAGGGGGUAUAGGGGAGGUUAUUUUUCCAGAUUGGAGAGUUGAAAGUCCUUGAUGACUGAUUGCAGCCAUUUUUCCUAGUGCUGUUGGGUGCAUAGGCAACAUUGAAAUGCCUUGAGCACAAUUCCCAGUGGCAAAACCUGGGAGCCCAUGUGCCCAGAGAAGGGACAACACAAGCUUUCUCUGGUGCAAACCUUGCCCUUCUUAAAUAGUUCAUAAGACUGUUUGAUUGGUUUAUUUAUGUACAGUAGGUUAGGGAGCCUAGGUUACGUUUAUAUGAAGUUCUACCCAGUUAGUGAAUUACAAUUCUAGCAGAGCAGCCAUGUAGCCACUUCAUUUCAUAGAUGCCGUCACCGUGUCCUCUUGACUGCCUUCUGUAGAGGAAGAACGAGAGCUGUAUGUGCUUCACCUGAGCUUAGUAGGACUUCUUUGCAUAUGAGUGGUACUAAAAAUCUUAAUAUACAUCUUUAGUUCUUUUUAAGUUGUCCUUUAAAGAGUUUUUGACUAGGAUGUUUCUUUUUCUUGACAAGUUCUUCUCUUUGGACAUGUGGCCUUGUUAGAGGGUCCCGCCUAGGACAUGGGUCCUGGCCCUGUGUUGAGAGUGGCUGGCCCCUGUGUCCCGUGUCCACUAGCACUAGACUUGGUUGCUGCAAAUUGAUCCAGUGGGUACAUAGGCUGAUUAAUGUGAGUCUUUUUUCCUUGUUUAAAGGAGUCCUUUUUGCUGAAAGUAGAUGAUUACUUUUGCUGUAAUGUUAUGAAAGUAUUAAGUUUGUGCUGAAAAUCCAUUGCCAUUUGGUACAAAUGACAUUUGUUCUUUCUGUGAAAGAGAGAUGCCCUCGAGUGUGUUUGUACACAAACCCUUAGGAUGGUGAGUUGAAGCAUCACCCUCACUGUCUGCAGUGACAGUGGUGUCACAGGGAGAUGGUAGGCAGGGUGGCUCUUCAUCAUCCUGGCAGAUGCUCCCUCAGUGAACUGGCCCCUUCCCCUCUUGGCAGUGCAGUCUGACUCUAGUGUUUGCUUUGAUGUCUGUGUGGAAAGCUCGUCCUGCCAACUCUGGCCCUUGCCAGGCUGUGUGAGGUGCACGUGUGGAGCUGGAGCAUGCAGGCAGCCUCCAUGUUUGAGUACUAUGUUUUGCUGUGUUUAAAAACAUCUGCAUAGUUUUCAACUGGAAAAAGAAAACAACUUAAAUGUGUACUGUCCUAAAACGAAAGCUGCUAAAAAUCAUGGGGAGAACAGCUGAGGAACAAAGCUGACUGAGUGAGCGGGAGGUGCUCUGCCCCUGGACAGCCCACUCGACUGUCUGGCUGCAUGAGUGUCCAGGCAAGAGCUUUUAUGGAAACAACGGUUAGAGAGGAGUCAGCUCUUUCGGUUUGCAGGUUGGUGAAAACAGACUCUUCCAGAGAAUUUUAUCCUAUCAUCCUAUGUAUUCUGGGAAGCCGUGUUUUCUCUGUUUUUGGAGGUUGCUGGGUUUAAUAAAACUGGUUAAAAAUUGAGAUUUUUCUUCAAUUGUUCUUUCCAGGUGAAAACUUUUUUUCAUUCAGUUUAAAGGUAAAGAAUGGAGGGAAAACCUUUCUCUCUUAAUUCAAUAAUUAUGUUCAGCCUAUGAUGAGAAGUAUUUGAUGAUUAGACAGCAAUGUCACUAAUAAGUUUUAAGUUAUCAGAAACUAAUUGUAAACAUCAGUACAGUACUCUUAGUUAUGGUAAAGAUAAUUGUCUUAAGAUGAAUGGCUCAUAUUUUGGUGCAGUGUUUGAUGUUCAAAACAAAAUGUUACAAAAAUAAACAUAAACUGAAUGCA